UGAGUCCCAUCACUGGAUUAAUUUUAUAUUAAUUAAAAUGUCUUUUUUUUAAUAAAGUUUUAACCUUUUUAAUCCUUUUAUUCUAUUUUCUUUUCUUGUGUGUUCACUGUUCAGUACUGAUUAGUGAUUUCUUCAGUUGGGUGAGUGUGCAUCUGUAAGCGCGUCUCCCGUGGCUUUUUUUGUUUUGGCAUUUGCUAGCUUGGUUUUUUCUGCGCCAGUGAUUUUCUUUUGUUCUUCUGUGUUUGAAAUUUUUGAAGAGCAAGAAAGAGAAAAAGGAAGAUAAUUGUAGUGGGGGUGCCAUCACAGUGCACGGUUAGAAACCAACGAGAAAACCCACAUGGAGUUCUGUAGGGGGUCAUCCAUGACAGAUACAAUACAAACCACUCCGCUUUUCCUAGAUCUCUAGGAUCUCAGAAUUUCAGGCUUGAUGGUUGCUUGUUUCUCGAGAAAAUUCCUCUCGUUUACUCCUUGUCCCAUUCUGUAUGGUGCUAAUUUCAUUCUGGUUGGUUUACAAUCUGGGUUUUCUUGCUGGACACCGAAUUUACCAUCUCGGCUUUUGUUUGCUGAAAGUUCUUCUUAACUCCUGAUUAAGUCCAGGAGAGACAAAAAAACUUUCUGUUGCUGUUGUGGUAUUGAUGGGUUUUUGCUUUAUGGGGUUUUCUUCUUGAGAGGCCCUGUUUGUGGAUAUGAUGCAAGAUUAGAAUAAGCUCAAGUAAGAAUGGUAGGUGGAAUUGCUUGCUUUGGUGGUUUCGAAAAGUGGUUUUGUUGAGACGGAAAGAGAAUAAAGUCUCUGAAUUUCAUUGAGUAGAUAGCAUGGAAAGAAGAAGUUCCGUGUUUUGGGAAGUGGGGUUUCUGGUUUUGGCAUUGGUGGACAUUGCUUAUGCUACACUUUCUCCUGCUGGUGUAAAUUAUGAAGUGGUGGCAUUGAUGGCCAUUAAGAAUGCCUUACGUGAUCCAUACAGUGUUCUGGACAAUUGGGAUAUAAACUCUGUUGACCCUUGUGGCUGGAGGAUGAUUACUUGCACUCCUGAUGGCUAUGUUUCUGCUUUGGGACUUCCUAGUCAAAGCUUGUCUGGGACCUUGUCUCCAGGAAUUGGAAAUCUUACCUUCUUGGAGUCAAUCUUGCUGCAGAAUAAUGCCAUUGCGGGACUGAUACCUGCUACAAUUGGGAAGUUGGAGAAGCUUGAAGCACUGGAUCUCUCAAACAAUACGUUCAGCGGUGACAUACCUUCAUCAUUGGGAAACCUCAAAGAUCUAAAUUACUUGCGGUUAAACAACAACAGCCUUACUGGAAGCUGCCCAGAAUCGCUGUCCAAUAUUGGAGGCCUCACUCUUGUGGACCUUUCGUAUAACAAUUUGAGUGGUUCCUUGCCAAAAAUAUCAGCAAGAACUUUCAAAGUUGCAGGUAACCCUUUACUCUGCAGUCCUAAGGCUGACAACAACUGUUCUGGUGUCUUUCCGGAGCCUCUUUUACUCCCCCCAGAUGAUGGAAAAGAUCCAUCAGAAUCUGGAUCAAAGAACCACCGAGUCGCUGUAGCAUUUGGUGCAAGCUUUGGCGCUGCUUUUUCCAUCAUUCUUGUUAUUGGGUUAUUGUUUUGGUGGCGAUAUAGGCGGAACCAGCAGAUUUUCUUUGAUAUAAAUGAGCAAUAUGACCCAGAAGUACGGUUGGGCCAUUUAAAAAGGUAUACUUUUAAGGAGCUCAGGGCUGCAACUAACCAUUUUAGUUCAAAGAAUAUUCUGGGAAAGGGUGGAUUUGGAAUUGUAUACAAAGGAUGCUUGAGUGAUGGAUCUGUUGUGGCUGUUAAAAGGCUGAAGGAUUACAAUACAGCUGGGGGUGAAAUCCAGUUUCAAACAGAAGUGGAGACGAUAAGUUUGGCUGUCCAUCGGAAUCUUCUCAGACUCCGUGGUUUCUGUUCAACUGAGAAUGAGAGGCUUCUGGUUUACCCCUAUAUGCCAAAUGGAAGUGUAGCAUCUCGGCUAAAAGAUCAAAUCCAUGGUCGACCAGCUUUAGACUGGGCAAGGCGAAAGAGAGUAGCUUUAGGUACAGCAAGGGGGCUACUCUAUUUGCAUGAGCAGUGUGAUCCCAAAAUCAUUCACCGUGAUGUUAAAGCCGCCAACAUUUUACUGGAUGAGGACUUUGAGGCAGUUGUGGGAGAUUUUGGGCUGGCUAAGCUUUUGGAUCAUCGAGAUUCCCACGUGACAACAGCUGUGCGUGGUACUAUUGGCCAUAUAGCCCCAGAGUACUUAUCAACAGGUCAAUCUUCAGAAAAAACGGAUGUGUUUGGGUUUGGAAUCUUGCUUCUUGAGCUAAUCACAGGUCAGAAGGCUCUGGAUUUCGGACGAUCAGCGAACCAGAAAGGUGUAAUGCUUGAUUGGGUAAAGAAGCUCCAUCAAGAAGGGAAACUAGGCCUAAUGGUGGACAAAGAUCUAAAAGGAAACUUUGACAGGAUUGAGUUGGAAGAAAUUGUCCAGGUGGCCCUUCUAUGUACUCAAUUCAAUCCUUCUCAUCGGCCAAAGAUGUCCGACGUGUUGAGGAUGUUAGAGGGUGAUGGUUUGGCCGAGAAAUGGGAGGCCUCACAGAAGAUGAUCGAGACCUCGAGAUUCCGAUCUUGUGAAUACCCUCAAAGAUAUUCAGAUUUCAUAGAAGAAUCCUCACUUGUGGUAGAAGCAAUGGAGCUUUCUGGCCCCCGGUGACGAGCACAUCACAUUUCUCCUUUCUCGAGCCUCCUUAACUUGGCUGCAUUGAAGAGCUAUGAAAUGAUAAAAUGUGAUUGUUGUUGAUAGCUGUUGAAUGAGUGUAUUCGUCUGUAAAAAAAGAAAAAGGGAAAGUCUUGUACAAGCAUAUCGUUCUUUAUGGCAAAAUUAAUUCAAGUUGAUUAAGCUUCUCUUCAA